AUGCGCGAGCUGCUGUCAGCGCGAGCUGCUGUCAGCGCGAGCUGCAGUCAGCGCGAGCUGCAGUCAGCGGGAGCUGCAGUCAGCGGGAGCUGCAGUCAGCGGGAGCUGCUGUCAGCGCGAGCUGCUGUCAGCGCGAGCUGCUGUCAGCGGGAGCUGCUGUCAGCGGGAGCUGCUGUCAGCGGGAGCUGCUGUCAGCGCGAGCUGCUGUCAGCGGGAGCUGCUGUCAGCGCGAGCUGCUGUCAGCGCGAGCUGCUGUCAGCGGGAGCUGCUGUCAGCGGGAGCUGCUGUCAGCGGGAGCUGCUGUCAGCGGGAGCUGCUGUCAGCGGGAGCUGCUGUCAGCGGGAGCUGCAGUCAGCGGGAGCUGCAGUCAGCGGGAGCUGCAGUCAGCGGGAGCUGCUGUCAGCGCGAGCUGCUGUCAGCGGGAGCUGCUGUCAGCGGGAGCUGCAGUCAGCGGGAGCUGCAGUCAGCGCUGCUGUCAGCGGGAUCUGCAGUCAGCGGGAGCUGCAGUCAGCGCGAGCUGCAGUCAGCGCGAGCUGCGGGAGCUGCAGUCAGCGGGAGCUGCUGUCAGCGCGAGCUGCUGUCAGCGGGAGCUGCUGUCAGCGGGAGCUGCUGUCAGCGCGAGCUGCUGUCAGCGCGAGCUGUUGUCAGCGGGAGCUGCUGUCAGCGGGAGCUGCUGUCAGCGCGAGCUGCUGUCAGCGGGAGCUGCUGUCAGCGGGAGCUGCAGUCAGCGGGAGCUGCUGUCAGCGCGAGCUGCUGUCAGCGGGAGCUGCAGUCAGCGGGAGCUGCAGUCAGCGGGAGCUGCAGUCAGCGCGAGCUGCUGUCAGCGGGAACUGCAGUCAGCGCGAGCUGCUGUCAGCGGGAGCUGCAGUCAGCGCGAGCUGCUGUCAGCGGGAGCUGCAGUCAGCGCGAGCUGCUGUCAGCGGGAGCUGCUGUCAGCGCGAGCUGCUGUCAGCGCGAGCUGCUGUCAGCGCGAGCUGCAGUCAGCGGGAGCUGCAGUCAGCGGGAGCUGCUGUCAGCGCGAGCUGCUGUCAGCGGGAGCUGCUGUCAGCGCGAGCUGCUGUCAGCGGGAGCUGCUGUCAGCGCGAGCUGCUGUCAGCGGGAGCUAAAGUGAGCGCGAGCUGCUGUGAGCGCGAGCUGCUGUCAGCGGGAGCUGCUGUCAGCGGGAGCUGCAGUCAGCGGGAGCUGCAGUCAGCGGGAGCUGCAGACAGCGGGAGCUGCAGUCAGCGCGAGCUGCUGUCAGCGGGAGCUGCUGUCAGCGCGAGCUGCUGUCAGCGGGAGCUGCUGUCAGCGCGAGCUGCUGUCAGCGGGAGCUGCUGUCAGCGGGAGCUGCAGUCAGCGGGAGCUGCUGUCAGCGGGAGCUGCAGUCAGCGGGAGCUGCUGUCAGCGGGAGCUGCUGUCAGCGGGAGCUGCUGUCAGCGGGAGCUGCUGUCAGCGCGAGCUGCUGUCAGCGGGAGCUGCUGUCAGCGGGAGCUGCAGUCAGCGGGAGCUGCAGUCAGCGGGAGCUGCUGUCAGCGCGAGCUGCUGUCAGCGGGAGCUGCUGUCAGCGGGAGCUGCUGUCAGCGGGAGCUGCAGUCAGCGGGAGCUGCAGUCAGCGCGAGCUGCUGUCAGCGCGAGCUGCAGUCAGCGCGAGCUGCUGUGAGCGAGAGCUGCUGUCAGCGGGAGCUGCUGUCAGCGGGAGCUGCAGUCAGCGCGAGCUGCUGUCAGCGGGAGCUGCAGUCAGCGGGAGCUGCAGUCAGCGGGAGCUGCAGUCAGCGGGAGCUGCAGUCAGCACGAGCUGCUGUCAGCGGGAGCUGCAGUCAGCGCGAGCUGCUGUCAGCGGGAGCUGCAGUCAGCGGGAGCUGCAGUCAGCGGGAGCUGCUGUCUGUGGGAGCUGCUGUCAGCGGGAGCUGCAGAGAAGAGCACUGUCCCCCCCCGCCCCCACCCUCCGUGAUGGACUCCCCCAUCACCUCUGUGGAGUCCUUCCGUUUCCUGGGCACCACCAUCACCCAGGACCUCAAGUGGGAGCCGACCAUCAGCUCCCUCAUCAAGAAGGCCCAGCAGAGGAUGUACUUCCUGCGGCAGCUCAGGAAAGCCAAGCUGCAGUUCUACACGGCCAUCAUCGAGUCCAUCCUCACCUCCUCCAUCACCUCCUCCAUCACCUCCUCCAUCACCUCCUCCAUCACCUCCUCCAUCACCUCCUCAUCACCUCCUCCAUCACCUCCUCCAUCUCCUCCUCCAUCACCUCCUCCAUCACCUCCUCCAUCACCGUGUGUAGUGAUGGGUCUGCUGGGAGAGGAGGUCCUGGAGGGAGAGGAGGUCCUGGAGGGAAAGGAGAGGGUGGAGGUCCUGGAAGCAGGGGAGGUCCUGAAGGUGGUGGAGGCCCUGGAGGCAGUGGAGGUUGAGGUCCCGGAGGAAGUGGAGAUCCUGGAGGGAGAGGAUGUGGAGGUCCUGGAGAGGGUGGAGGUCCUGGAGGGAGAGGAUGUGGAGGUCCUGGAGGUCCUGGAGGUCCUAAAGGGGGUGGAGGUCGAGGUCCUGGAGGGGGUGGAGGUCGAGGUUCUGGGGGGAGAGGAAAUCCUGGAGGGGGAGGAGGUCCUGGAGGGAGAGGAGGUCCUGGAGGGGGAAGAGGUCCUGGAAGGGGUGGAGGUCCUGGAGGGGAAGGAGGUCCUGGAGGGAGAGGAGGUCCUCAGAUGA